CGUGGUGUGUGCCAGCCAUUACCGAAGCUUCUCCCUUCGACUCUGGAGAAUCGCUUAAACCAUCUUCAACCUUUCCCUUCUUCUUCGUCUUCAUCAUCUUCUUCUCCACAUCCCAAUCAUUGUUAUUAUUAUAUUUAUAAACCAAAACCCAAUCAUUAAAUAUUAGCUUUGAAGCCAAUCACAAGGAUGGGUUCUUUUCGGACUCAGCUCAAUUUCCCAUCUCCGAUUCGCAUGAAUGUUUCACAAUCUCUACGUCAUUAGAUUCUUUGGCCUUUUUGGACUACUGGGUUUCUCUCUUUUCCUCUUAUCUAUUUUCAUGGCGACCCCAGAACCGAUCCCAGAAGAGCUAGUGCAGAGGGAGGUGUAUUCGGUGUGGGCAAUUCCACCGGAUGCGGUGGUGACCAGGGUGAAGAAGCUUAUGGAGGGUCUUCGAGCUGAGUUCGGUGGACCCCAGUUCGAACCCCACAUCACCGUCGUUGGGGCCAUAAGUUUGACUCCUGAGGAUGCUAUCAACAAGUUCAGAACAGCUUGUGAGGGUCUCAAAGCUUAUAAUGCUACCGUUGACCGUGUGGCUACAGGGACUUUCUUUUACCAGUGUGUUUACCUUCUCCUUAACCCAACCACUGAGGUAGUGGAAGCUUGUUCACAUUGCACUGGUCAUUUUGGUUACAAGAGCUCAACACCAUACAUGCCGCAUUUGAGCAUCCUCUACGCCGAUUUGACAGAGGAGGAGAAGAAAAAGGCUCAAGAGAAAGCUAACAUUCUUGAUGACAGCCUAAGCGGCCUGAGCUUCCCUGUAACUCGCCUCGCAUUGUACAAAACAGACACAGAAGACAAAACUCUCAAGUCUUGGGAAAAGAUUGCCGAGUGCAACCUCGAACACAAGUAGUUCUUCUCAUAAUACCUUUUCUUUAUUGCCAUGGCUUGCAAGUUGUAAUAACUGUAAACUUAAACCAACCAUAUCUGAUCUUUCUGUUGAGUUAGGUACAAAUUACACUUCAUGAUAGACUCUCUUGAUGCUGGUUUUUGGCAUGGUGUUUGAUGUUUUGAGAUGUUUCAUGAAGUUGUAAUUUAUGCAUAGUUGUAAUAAUGUCAAUCUUUUGAAGGGUCAAUCAGAUUAAGACGAUUCCAGUUAA